GCCGGCGCAGGCGCGUUGCGGGGAGCGCCGGCGUCGCGCAUGCUCAGAGCGCUGACGGCGGAGGCCCCCGAGCUAUGGCGCCGAUGAGUUAGUGGCGGCCCCGAGGAAAGGGCGAAGACAGGCGGCGGAGGAGAUAUGUCCCGGGCGGAGCGGGCUCCGGGAGGGGAGUGCCUCGAGGAGGAGGAGGACGAGGCCCUGCAGGAGGAGGACCAUGACAUCGACCAGUUCAACGAGGACACGUUUGGGGCCGGGGCGGUAGAGGACUGGGAGGAGCAGACGGAUGGCCUGGGCGAGGAGGGGGCCCGGGACCCCGGCGACGACCUGCUGGGGGCCAGCGACCUGGCGGAGAGCAUCAGCCGGCUGGUGGUGGAGAGCGAGCUGGAGGAUCCCGCCAUCAUGGGGGCCGUGCCCUGCAACGCCGUGGAGCGGAUUCCUCAGCUCCACCCGGGCAUGUGGGAAGGCCCCACCAUGUUCCAGGGCAUGGGAAGCCCCUUCUUCUCCCACCUGGAGGGCAGCCGAAUUCUCUCCGGCUCGAGGGACUGCGUCCAGCCCCAGCGGCCGGCGGCGGGCGCCGAGCGGGAUCUGUCGGACCGGGCCCCCCCGCCGAGAUCGUCCUCCCCGGUGAUCGGCUCCCCGCCGGUGCGGACGGCCCCCAUCGGGACCCCGCCCAAGCAGCACGGCCCCUUCCUCCUGGGGCAGCAGCCCUCCAUCCUGUGCCCCACCCCUGUCCACGUGCGGGCUCCGAUCCACCAGCGAUUCUCCGCGCCCGUCGCGGACCGGCGCUCUCCGACGCAGCUGCUCCAUGUGAUGAACUCAUCACUCCGGUCCCGCCACUCACAAGGCAACGUCUCAUCAGCCCUGAACCCCCUUCUCCUCGGUGCCGGCCAGGCCGGCAGGAUGUCUCCCAGCCACCUGGGCCGGGCCCCCACGUUGGCGGGGGCUCCGCUGUCGGCCCUGCCGGGCGGGCUCCUCCCGGGCCCAGGGGGAAUGCUGAUCCCGCCGGCCGCUGGCUUCCGGCCCUUCUUCGCCGGCGCGGGGGCUGGCCGACUCCAGGAGCUGAGGUCCGCGCAGCCGAUGGCCCGUGCCGCCACCACCCACCUCCACCCCCAACACCGCCGCCUUCUCAGCCAGAGGUUGCAGAUGCAGAACGCCAGGGGGCACCCCCGGGGGCAGGGCGGCCCCGGAGGCGAGCGGCCCGGCAGGGGCUGCCACCCGGAGCCCAGGGACCCGUACAGCAACCUGAUGAGCCAGCGGGAGAAGGACUGGGUCAGCAAGAUCCAGAUGAUGCAGCUGCAGAGCGCUGACCCCUCCCUCGACGACUACUACUACCAGGUAGGCCCGGUGGGUGUGGAGGCCGGCUUGCGGCCCGCGUCCCGGGAGCAUCAGGGGCGAUGGCUCCCUUCGGCCCGUCUACCCGGUGCCGACCCGGUAGCCAGGACUGAAGCCCAGGACCCGGCUGCACGAGGCAGGGUGGAGGCCGAGGUCUCCGAGCUGCUCCUCCCGGAGACGGAGCUGGGCGGAAGCACGAGGGACGGAUACGGCAGGAAAGAUGGACCGGCUCGGAAGAUGGAUGGAAAAUUGCUCUGUGAUGGCCUGGCACUUGUGGCCAGACCCUCUCCGACACCGUCGCCCAACGGGUUACAGGUGCCGUCGCCGUGCGCUUGA